AAAAAACCAAUUUAGGAGCCACCUGUUGACUCUGAGUCUCUCUCUCUUUCGACCUAUAAUUUAAUAACAAGGACGCGCCACCGAGAGAAGCAGAGAUUUGCCUACACCGAGACUCGAUCAUCUCCAAGUUGUCUCCUUUUAUAAUCCACACAUUCAUACGGACAAGGGAUUACAAAUCGAGACAAAAACUCUGGAGAAAAUCGAAUCUUCUUAUUGCAAUUAAGAACUCUAAUUUCUCCUGCAAUCCCAAAAAGCAUUGGUCUUUCUCCUGUUUCAUACUCAAGUGCCAUUGGUCAGGCUGUGUUGUUGUUCUUCUUGGAGGCAUAGAAUCUUUCUAUGGGAGAAGCUCCAGCAGUAUUAGUGGAUCAUCCGGAGAACGGACACUCCAAUGGUGUCUGUGUGAAAUCUGAACCAGAGAACACUGAGAUAACAGUCGAUGUCGGCGAUCGAAUAUUUUUGAUCGGUGGAACUCAUGAAAGGAACAAUUUUUCCAUUGGGGUUCAGAUUUAUGACAAAAUCAGUAACAACUGGUUUAGUCCUAUUGUGCUUGGGACAGGUCCUAAGCCCAGCAAGGGGUACUCCGCGUUUGUUCUUGAACAAGGUCGGAUUUUGGUUAUUAAAAAAGGUUCACCUCGCAACGACUCCAUCUGGUUCCUCGAGGUCGAUAGUCCUUAUGUGCGGGAACAGAAGAAGUUACUAAGGAAGGAAGUUGUUGCUUGGAGUAAAGGUGUGAGAGGCAAUGCUGAGAAGCCUAUUGUUAUAAGCGGUCCUUCUGGUGUGGGCAAAGGAACGCUUAUAUCAAUGCUUAUGAAGGAGUUUCCUUCAAUGUUUGGGUUCUCUGUGAGUCACACAACUCGAUCUCCGAGGUCUAUGGAGAUGGACGGUGUUCAUUAUCACUUUGCUGAUAAAAAAGUUAUGGAGAAAGAAAUCAAAGACGGAAAGUUUCUUGAGUUUGCUUCUGUUCACGGUAAUCUCUAUGGAACCAGCAUUGAGUCCGUUGAAGCGGUAACAGAUUCAGGAAAGAGAUGUAUUCUCGACAUUGAUGUUCAGGGGGCAAGGUCUGUGAGAGCGAGUUCUCUUGAUGCCAUAUUCAUAUUCGUAUGUCCCCCUUCAAUGAAAGAGCUUGAAGAUCGGCUCCGUGCUAGAGGAACCGAGACAGAGGAGCAAAUUCAAAAGCGGCUUAGAAAUGCUGAGGCAGAGAUCAAAGAAGGGAUAUCCUCGGGUAUUUUCGGUCUCAUUUUGUAUAAUGACAACCUUGAGGAAUGCUACAAGAAGCUCAAGGUGAACCACCUUUUGUUAAUUGCUCAAAAUGUUGUCAUGUUCUGAAUGCAUAACAUUACCGGAUCUGUUUCCAGAAUCUCUUGGGGCUAGAUGGACUCGCUCAUGUCAAUGGUGUAGAAAGUGAGAAACUUAACACUAUGCAUAGUAAAAAUAAGUGAAUAUGGAAAGUAAUUGCUUUUGUAAUUGUUUGAUUCUGCAGUAGAGGGGAUCAAUCUUCCCAUUGAGUACGCAGUAUCUAAAAUGGAAGAUAAGAUCAUUAUUCAAGAAACAGGAAAAGAAACAAGGAAUAAGAUUGUAGUGGAUAUAUCUUCGCUUAAUGGAGGAGCACCGGGUAGAACAAGGGGGAUUCUUGUCGACGCCAUUAAGUUCUAGAAAAAGAACUGUUAUUUGAAAUAACUUAUUUCAUUCAUUACAUUACCGUUUUUCCUUGGACUAGAUAAACAUUCAAAGAGUCUAUAUGAUGAUGAUGAUGAUAUUGAAAGAGUUUGGUGGUGUUGAUAUUAUUCAUUGUAAUUUUGUUUGACAAGACUCGAAGAAUCAAAGUUGAUUUUUUAUUUUUUUAGUUGUCGAUUUUGA